AUGGAUUUCUCAACCCUCGUCCUCCUUUCCAUUACCAUCGCCAUGAGUGGGAUGCAAUCUACGCUAGUUUCAGCGACACCAGUUCCCCAACUCUACUAUCCCAACCGAGUUGGUUACCCCGGGCCCUAUGGUCCAGGAGUUGGUCCAGGAAUAUAUGGAAAUGGCGUCGGACCAUAUGGGAAUGGAAUCUAUGGUAGACCUGGUAUUUACCGUCGACAAGUCGCCCCCUUGCCUUCGACCCCAGGAUCCAUGACGAUGACAACCCCGAUGAUUUCAGUUCACCCCAUGAUGCCCCAGACGGGCUCCGCUGCUUCCACGCCGGGCGGUCAACCUAUAGCUGGUCCCGGGCAACCGUCAGCUGGUCCGCCGUCUUCCAAGCCGAUGAACACGAUGAUCCACACGACGAAUGAGCCCACCGAUCCCACCACCAAAGGACCUGCCGGCGCACAAGCCUCCCCGUCCACCAUCAAUCAGGGUGUGAUCGGUCAAUCCAAUAGUCCAACACCUGUAUCACCUGCUGAAGCCGCCGGUAAACAGAUCACUCGUCGUGAGGCUCCUGCAUCACCUUCGCCAAACCCCAUGCCUCAAAGUACACCCUCGACCAGUUCUGGUCCAUCAGGCUCUCCCAUGAUGAUGGGCAUGGGCCCUCAGCUGACUGGCCAAACUUUGACCCCACAGACCGGGCAGAGCCAGAUGAUGACACCUGGGAUGAUGCCACCUUCUCAAAUGGCUGCACAUGGUCCGAUGAACGGGAUGAUGCCCCCUCCAGCCCCAUCAAGCGCACCAGGUUCAAUGAUCGGCAUGAUGCCCACUCCUCCCCCGCCGAACGGGCCAAGUCAGAUUCCUCCCAUGGCGCCAGGUGCGGGGAAACCUGCAAAUGUACGUCGUGAAGUGUCUUCCGCCUCCACCCCAGCCAACGCAACAGCUCCAUUAGAACUUUCCGCAAACGUUGCGCCAGUUCCUCACGCAGCGGGCGCUCAAGGUUUCCCGGCCAACACGUCUUCCACUUCUGCGCCCGGGUCAACGCUGCCGCUCCCUAAAGGCCCCCCGUCAUUGGCCAGCGCACCAACUUCCUUGUCCGGUCCCAACGGACCCGCUAGGGCCGUAGCCCGUCGUGAAUUGUCGGCCGCAGCUGCUGGAACCGCGUCCCCCGGAAACGCAAAUCCAAGUGCUCUCACUGCAACACCUCCGGCUGGGACACCCGGUCAAGGAUACCCGUCUUCCAUGGGUCAAAAUCCUGGUGGAUCUUCAGCUUACCCGGCCACCAUGAGCCAAUAUGGAUCUGGCUUGGCACCAACCCCUCAAACCACAGGCCCAAGCCCGUACGGCCCGAUGAAAGCUUCUUCAGGCGGUUAUCCGAUGAUGAACGGAGGAUCAAGCCCUUACUCUGCAACUCCGAUGGGUCAAAUGGCAGGCCAAAGUCCGUAUGGCUCAGCCUCAAUGAACCCUAACUCUCCCGGUACACCCGUUGUCUCGAUCCAAUAUCUCCCAAGCGCAAGCAACGCACCGCAAGGAAGCCCUCAAGGAGCAUCUGCUCCAAGUGGCCAAGCCCCUUCUCCUCCUUACGCUGCCGGUCAACCUAACUCAGCAUCCCGCUCACCAGCUGCUCCUCAAUAA